GUGUGUGUGUGUGUGUGUGUGUUUUCCAAAGGAAUGUUUAAGUUUUCAAAAUAAAGAGCUGGUUUAAUAAGAAAGCUUGUUAGACUGACAUCAUUCUGAUGCAUGGAUUUCAGAAUUCUUGUGCGUUAGAGAAAGAAUGGAUCAAGACCUCAUGAAGACAACACCUGGAAAAAGUGUCCCGCCCCCACAUAUCUUGAAGACUGACUGAGGGCUGCGACUGCAAACCACCCAAGGGCCUUUUUUAUGGAACUUCACCAGACGCUGCUCAGUCGAUGGGCAUGAUACUGAAGCUAGUGAACGCAGAAAACACAAUAGAAGUUGGAGUCUUCACUGGAUAUUCUCUUCUCCUAACAGCUCUUACAAUUCCUGACGAUGGCAAAGUUUGUAUAAAUAUCUACCGGAGAACAUAUGAUGAGAUAGGCUUGCCAAUCAUCAAGAAAGCUGGUGUCGAACACAAAAUCGACUUCAUAGAGGCCCCCGCUUUGCCUGUUCUCGACAAACUCUUAGAAGAUCCAGAGAAGGUGGGGCGUUUUGACUUCGGCUUUGUGGAUGCGGACAAGGGUAAUUACUGGAAUUACCAUGAGAGGCUAGCGAACCUGGUUAAGGUUGGCGGUGUAAUUAUCUAUGACAACACGCUGUGGGAAGGAUUUGUUGCUUUGCCAGAAGAGUAUUUUUCGGAGGAGGAAAGGAUCACUAGGAAGGACAUGAUUGAGUAGAACAAGUCCCUCGCAGCCAAUCCUCGUGUUGAGAUUUCUCUCGUUUCGAUUGGUGAUGGAAUCACCAUUUGCCGGCGCAUUUCGUGAAGAUUUCUCUUCCCAACUCCUGAGGGUGAUCAUAAGCUUGAAUAAAAGAAUUCUGUCAAAGUCUCUGCUUUCAUUGAUGAAUGUGUUGGAUUAAAAGCAUUGUUAUUUAGUUGAAUACACUCACCAUGAUGUUGUGAUUUAGAGUUCAAAUCCUCUGACCUCAAGUUCAGAAAAGCAUUGUUAUUGUUGUGUAAAUUGCUACGCAAGUGUACGUACCGAAUAAGUAAUAAAGUGUACUGGAAUA